GGAAUGUCCCUCUCCUCGCGCCGUCAUCCCGCCCCCUCGCCGGCUUUGGCUGCACUUCCUGCUUCCGGUGCCGGGGCUAUAAGAGCCGCUUCUGUCCCGCGGGCCGGUCCGCUUCUGCCUGGAACCUGCCGCCGAUCCUGCCAUGAACGCCCCGGGGCUCAGCUUGGAAAAGAUAGCGGCUUUCACCAAAAAACUGGAGUCAGAGCCGCAGUUCUUGCUUGCUCGAAAUGUUGCAACCACCAGUGACCCACUGGAGGUGUGUCUCGCCCGGCAAGUGGUGCAGGAGACGGUGAACGUGUUCCAGCAUACGGUGCCUGUCGAAGGCAAGCCAGUCACUAACCAGAAAAACUCAGGGAGAUGCUGGAUCUUCUCAUGUCUGAAUGUGAUGCGUCUUCCUGUCAUGAAGAAGUUUAACAUUGAAGAGUUUGAGUUUAGCCAAGCAUAUAUCUUCUACUGGGAUAAGAUCGAACGCUGCUACUAUUUUUUAAAUGCCUUUAUGGAAACGGCUCAGAAAAAUGAGCCUGUAGAAGACAGACUGACACAGUUCCUGCUUUCCAACCCCAGCAAUGAUGGAGGACAGUGGGAUAUGCUGGUUAAUAUUAUUGAAAAACAUGGUGUUAUCCCCAAGAAAAACUUCCCUGAAUCUCACACCACAGAGGCCUCCAGGAGGAUGAAUGAGAUUUUGAAUCAUAAGAUGAGGGAGUACUGUGUGCGGCUAAGAAACAUGGUAGCAAGUGGGUCAACUAAGGAAGAACUCACUGCUGCAAAGGACACUAUGAUAGAGGAGGUAUUCAGAAUAGUGAGCACCUGUUUGGGGAACCCUCCUGAGACCUUCUCCUGGGAGUUCCGAGAUAAGGAGAAGAACUACCACAAGAUUGGCCCUGUGACACCACUGCAGUUCUAUCAGGAACACAUCAAACCCCUCUUCAACAUGGAAGACAAGAUUUGUCUAGUGAAUGAUCCUCGACCUCAGAACCAGUACAACAAGCUAUACACGGUAGCAUACCUAGGCAACCUGGUGGGAGGAAGAAAAACACUCUACAACAACCAGCCUGUUGAUGUGUUGAAGAAGCUGGCUGCAGCUUCUAUUAAAGAUGGCGAGGCUGUGUGGUUCGGCUGCGAUGUUGGAAAAUACUUCCAUAGCAAGCUGGGCAUCAUUGAUCUGAAUGUGUUUGAUCAUGAGCUGGUGUUUGGUGUCUCCGUCAAGAACAUGAACAAAGCAGAACGAUUAAUCUUUGGAGAAUCAACGAUGACCCAUGCCAUGGUCCUCACUGCGUUCACGGAGAAGGAUGGGCAAGAAGGAUCAUUUGAGAAAUGGAAGGUGGAGAACUCCUGGGGUGAAGACCGUGGUAUUAAAGGUUACCUGAUCAUGUCUGACGACUGGUUUUCUGAGUAUGUUUAUGAAGUGGUGGUGGAUAAGAAGCAUGUGCCAGAAGACAUCUUAGCAGUGAUGCAGCAGGAACCCAUUGUCUUGCCAGCGUGGGACCCUAUGGGUGCAUUAGCCAAGUGAACUGCACAGUACCUGCCUCCUAAUGGUCAACCAGAAGUAGAUGUGAUAGAGAAUCCCAGAGACUGGAAGCCAUAGCCAAACGAUGAGACCAAGCACACAGCUUGGUCCAUAGUCUUUAAACGUAUGUGAAGGAUCUUUUGGGGAAAUAGCGCUUUACUGAAUGGCCGAAUAAAAAAGCUGUCGGGCUAUUCUGCGUGCGUAUGUGCACAAAAUUUACUCACCUCAUCAUGAUACUGUAUAAUAAGUGCUUUCAAUGUCAGUUUGAGUUUUUACCUUUUUUAAUAAUGAACAUAACUCUGUAAAACUGUUUUGACCAGUGCUUUCCAUAGGUGAGGGGGUUGUAGGUGGCCACAUUUUAGGCUAACUAGUUGAGUGAUAUUAGGAAAAGUACAGCAAAAUGUUUAUAAGAAAUCUUUCAUAUUUUUAUUUGUACUAUAAAAGUGUCCAGAUUCAGUAUUGGCUUAAUUUUGUUUCUAGGGAGCUAUUCACAUUUUUGGUUUUCUGCAUAAUAGGAGUUGGUCUUGAGGAGGUAGGUGUAUAGAGUUCCAUUUUCUUCUAGUAAUUUUUCCAAAACUGUUUCUUAUUCCAGCAGCAUUGAGCCUUUGUACUUAGGAAAGAGCAGAAAGCAAGUCAGUCUAUCGAAGUAUGACAGACUGAUUCUGGUGUGUGUUAAUCUGGACUCACACAAGGGUUCUUUUUCAAUAAGAUUAGCAAGGACAGCCAUAAUAAAUAUGAUCACAGGCAAAGUUAAAGAAUAUGGUACUCGAGCACAGUGGUCUCCAAACUUUUUUGGUCACGCACCCCAUUCAGUAAAAAAAAUUUUGGAGCAUGCACCCCCGCUUGAACUGUCGAAGCAGCGCUGCUCUGGCAGCGCUCCUCCUGCCCCGCAUCCCGAAGGAUCCUCUUGCACACCCCCAACUUUGGAGACCACUGCUCUAGCAAAACUGGGUUUUUAAUUACUGCAUUUUAUUUGGACAUCUUCAACUAGAUGGUGCUAUGACGCUUUUAAAUAAAACACUUUCUGGAGUUAUGGGUAGAGCUGUUUUCUUUUAUAAAUUAGCUACAUGUAACUUCAUUGAAUGGGAAAGAUGCUAAUGACCCAUAAACAACUCUUGGGGAGCCAAAACAUUAGCAGUUCAACAAGCCAUGUUGCUUUAUCUUCUCCAUAGUAGACACAAAGGCUCUCCACCCACACUGUGUACAGAGUAUGACAUUCACACUACAGGCGCUUAAAUACCAAGGUGAUGAGCAGUGUAAAUGCUUGGAUCCAAAUCAAGCCAAGCUGUUAAACUGCCUACCAUGACCUCUGUGGCAAUGACUUGUGUGGUUCUGUAUGGAGCCUUUACUCACUGGGGAAGGGAAAAAGGUGGGGUUGGACAAAGUGAAGAGAUUAUUGACAGAAUAGUCUACUAACUUAUAGGUAAAACAGUGCUGGCCUACAAACAAGCAAUGAAUGGGAUUCUUGGGGUUCUAAAUUCAGCUUCUGUUACUGAUGUACUUUCAUCAAAAAGUAUCUUUUUCACCUCUAGUAAGGCCCAUUAAAAAUUCAUGGUGUAAAGAGAAGUAAAAGACUUGGCUGCAAACAGAAUUGCUUACAACCUUUCCUUCUGAUAGUAUUAGUCACCAACAGAAAUUUGAAGCUAGUACAUAAGCAUUCCACUGCAUAUGUUCUCAGAUUUCAAACACACACUGCUUGAAUAUCCUCCAGAAUUACCUCUGGAAAAAUGGAUUGUCCUUGAUUUCUACAAGAAAGAUCUGUGGAAGCCUGCAUUUUACAGCAGAUACAAGGUGGUCUCUGUUUUGCUUCAUGUUUAUAAAGCACAUUCAUCUGUGCUUGUCCAAACCCCACCCAUA